UCUAUCCACUCUGGUCUCUCCCCUCUGCCUGCCAGCCUGCCUCGCCAUCCGAGCCAUUCGCUCUGACCUUACCAGACUUCAUUCAUCCAACAGAGAAAAACACAUUAGAUUUCAGAAUGGCCAGUUCUUAUAAGACCACCUCUUACACUGUGAGGAGUUCCAACGCCCCACGGACCUUCAGCAGCAGUUCCUACGCUGGACCAAGCAGUAUCACCUCCCGCAAGAGCUACAGCGUCAAGAGUUCCUUUGGAGGACCCACCAGGGCCUAUGGAGGUGGCAUCACCAGCUCCACUUCCUAUGGCCUGAGCUCAAGCAUGGGUAGUGGGGGCAUGGGCAUGGGUGGUGGCUUUGGUGGUGGCAUGAGUGUCCAUACCCCUAUCACUGCCGUGACUGUGAACAAGAGCCUGCUGGCCCCACUGAACCUUGAGAUUGACCCCACUAUUCAAGCUGUCCGCACCCAGGAGAAGGAGCAGAUCAAGACCCUCAACAACCGCUUUGCCUCCUUCAUCGACAAGGUCCGCUUCCUGGAGCAGCAGAACAAAAUGCUGGAGACCAAGUGGAACCUGCUGCAGGGACAGACCACCACCCGUUCCAACAUCGACGCCAUGUUCGAGGCCUACAUCGCCAACCUGCGCAGACAGCUCGACAGCCUGGGCAACGACAAGAUGAAGCUGGAGGCUGACCUGCACAACAUGCAGGGCCUGGUGGAGGACUUCAAGAACAAGUAUGAAGAUGAGAUCAACAAGCGCACAGAGUGUGAGAAUGACUUUGUCCUCAUCAAGAAGGAUGUCGAUGAGGCCUACAUGAAUAAGGUUGAGCUGGAGGCCAAGCUGGAGAGUCUGACAGAUGAGAUCAACUUCCUCAGGUCAAUCUAUGAGGAGGAACUGCGUGAGCUCCAGAGCCAGAUCAAGGACACUUCAGUUAUUGUGGAGAUGGACAACAGCCGCAACCUGGACAUGGACGCCAUUGUAGCUGAAGUCAGGGCUCAGUAUGAGGACAUCGCCAACCGCACCCGCGCCGAGGCAGAGACAUGGUACAAGACCAAGUAUGAGGAGAUGCAGACAUCCGCCAGCAGAUACGGAGAUGACCUGAGGUCUACCAGGACAGAGAUCGCAGACCUUAACCGCAUGAUCCAGAGGCUGACAUCAGAGAUUGAUGCCGUCAAGGGACAGCGUGCCAAUCUGGAGGCUCAGAUCGCUGAGGCUGAGGAGCGCGGUGAGAUGGCAGUGAAGGACGCCAAGUCCCGCAUUAGGGAUCUGGAAGAAGCCCUGCAGAGAGCCAAACAGGACAUGGCUCGCCAGAUCAGAGAAUACCAGGACCUGAUGAACGUCAAGCUGGCUCUAGACAUUGAAAUCGCCACCUACAGGAAACUGCUGGAGGGAGAGGAGGACAGGCUGGCGACUGGUAUCAAGGCAAUCAACAUCUCCCAACAGAGCACGAGCUACGGUGGUUUUCCCAUGGACAGCAUUAAGAGCAGCUACUCCAGCAGUGUAAGCAGCGGAUAUGGCGGCAGUGCAUAUGGUAGCGGUGGUGGAUAUGGUAGUGGAUAUGGCAGUAGUGGCAUGACCGGCUUCAGUGGCGGUAGCUCUGGCGGCUACACCACUACUACCCAGACCAAGAAGAACGUUGUUAUCAAGAUGAUUGAGACGAAGGAUGGCAGAGUGGUGUCUGAGUCUUCUGAAAUUGUUGAGGAUUGAGCUGUCUAGUUUAGAGGUGUAGCAACCUGUCUGCUAUGAUCUACUCUCUCUGGUAGUUUUAUACUUACUGUUCACCCCCCCCUCCCCAAAUAUGAAGUAAAAUGCUUGCCAGCCACUCGUUUUUCAUGAAGCAAUAAAUGAUCCUAACACUACCAAAGAUCUGAAAGGGACCAAAGAAUUUAUUAUAUAUGUUUGAUGUCUGACUGUCUGAACUAAAAAAGUAGUUUUGUCUCAGAAAGUGAGAUAAAAACUGGGCAAAUUGCAACUACAGAAAAGAAACAUAUAAAUAUGUAACACUCCCUUGAAAUUUCUGCAACAGCUAUUCCAUACAUGAAGGGCUAUUUCCUCCAAAUGGCGUUGCAUAGACAGCGGUGUUGUCAAAGGAAUGUGAAUGUACUGAAACAGUGCUUCAGCGUUGUUGGUCAACUAAUGUCUUAAAAUUGCCUGCUGCAGUAGGUAGUGCAUGUCUUCCCUAUGCGUGUCCUGUAACUGAAACUGUUCGACCCCUUAGGAGGCUGCCCACAUCAUACUGUUGUCCUGAGGUGCUGUUUUUGCUACCAAACCAAAUAAAAAAGGUGUUUACUGAAAGAAAA